AUGAUAAUUUUAGAAGCUACCUGGCAAUUCUUAUUGCUAUUAUUGUUAAUACUUACAUAUUUUAAAUUAUUUUUAGUGGCUCCAAAGAUUAUUACACCAAUGAAAGAAAUGCUAGUUAAAAGUGGUAAUACAGCUAACAUUGAAAUUAAAUUUGUUGGUGAACCAGCACCUGAAGUCUGUUGGACCAAAGAAGACAAAAAAAUUAAAUCUGAUAGUCGUUGUACAAUAUCAUCUUUUGAAUCAUAUACUAUUGUAAAUAUUGUCAAUGCUACCAGAGCAGAUACAGCUUCUUAUACAUUGAAUCUGACCAAUAAUUCUGGUGAAGACAAGGGAACUCUUUCCUUAAUAAUUCUUGAUAAACCAUCUGCUCCUGAGGGACCAUUAAAAGUUGAUGAAGUUGAUAAAGAUCAUGUUGUGUUAUCUUGGAAUCCGCCAAAAGAUUCUGGUGGAAGUGAAAUCAUUGGAUAUAUUGUUGAAAAGAGAGAUAAAACACAUAAUGGAAGUUGGGUUCCUGCAGUUGCACAUGUACCAGCAAGAUCUACAUCCUGCACUGUUUCAAAAUUAAUUGAAGGAACAGAAUAUGAAUUUCGUGUUAUGGCUGAAAAUGCUCAAGGCAUUUCUAAACCAUUAAAAACUGAUAGACCUGUUCUUGCCAAAAGUCCAUAUAAGGUUCCAGGAAAACCUGGUCAACCUGAAGCAGUUGAUCAUGAUCGCGAUUUCAUAAAAAUUAAAUGGUCUGCACCUAGAUCUGAUGGAGGAUCUCCUGUUAUUGGUUACGAUAUUGAGAGACGUGAUAUGAAAACAAAUCGUUGGGUGAGAGUUAAUAGAGACCCUGUACAGGGUAAUAAUUAUACAGACAACAGUGUAAUGGAUGGUCAUUUAUAUGAAUACAGAGUUAUAGCUAAGAAUGUUGCAGGUUCUAGUGAACCAAGUUCUGCAUCAAAAGUUAUUGCAGCUAAACCUAUGAAAGAAAAACCAAAACUGCAUUUGAAUGGACUUUAUGGAAAAAUUAUUCGGGUAAGAGCUGGUGAUCCUCUUGUUAUAAACAUUCCAUUGACUGGUGCUCCCUUACCAGCUAUUGAAUGGUCUUUCAAUGAAAAACAUAUUUCUCCAUCAAACCGUGUUCAAAUGGAGUGUGUAGAUGAAAGUGUUAGUCUUGCUAUUAGUGUCUCCCAAAGAAGUGAUAGUGGAAAGUAUACAAUUAAAGCCAAAAAUCCUUAUGGUGAAGAUUCUGCAGAUAUCACUGUUUUAGUUUAUGGUAAUGACAAUUUUUUAAUUUUUGAAGAAUNGCUGGACAAUCCAUGAAAAUAUGGUAUAAAGCAGGGGUGAAUCCUGACCACUGACAUAACUGGUUAUGUGGUUGAAAAAUGUGAUAUUGGAAGUAAUAGGUGGGCCUCAGUUGGUGGGUACAUUCCACAGCCGACAUUUACAGUUAAAGGUUUGGUAGAAGGAAAAAAAUAUAAAUUUAGAGUUAGAGCAGAAAAUAUGUAUGGUGUCAGUGAACCUUUGGAAGGCAAACCUGUUACAGCUAAAAAUCCAUUUGGUUAUGUUAUAGAAAAAAGGGAAAGAGGUGCUCCAGAAUGGGCAAAAAUCAGUACUGUUUCAACAACAGACACAGAAUUUACUGUUCCUAAUUUAUCUGAAGGUCGUACUUAUGAAUUUAGAGUUCUUGCUGUCAAUGAAGGAGGAACUGGUAAACCUAGUAAACCAUGUCAACCAGUAACAGCUAAAGAAAAGAAAUUUAUUGUUGUAGGUUAUGUUAUAGAAAAAAGGGAAAGAGGUGCUCCAGAAUGGGCAAAAAUCAGUACUGUUCCAACAACAGACACAGAAUUUACUGUUCCUAAUUUAUCUGAAGGUCGUACUUAUGAAUUUAGAGUUCUUGCUGUCAAUGAAGGAGGAACUGGUAAACCUAGUAAACCAUGUCAACCAGUAACAGCUAAAGAAAAGAAAUAUCCACCUGAUGCUCCAGAUACACCACAUAUUGAUAAAAUUACUAAAAAUUCUGUCACUCUCUCUUGGAAUAAACCAUAUAGUGAUGGAGGUAGUAGAAUUAUGGGCUAUCUUAUUGAGAAAAAAUUGAAAGAUGCCAAAGAAUGGGAUAUCAUUAAUGAAAAGCCUCAUCCAAAUACAAUGUUUACUAUAUCAAAUCUUGUAGAACAUCAAGAAUACGAAUUUCGUAUAUUUGCUGUAAAUAGUAUUGGAGAAAGUCCUCCAAGCAAACCUACACCAACAGUUGUUAUUGAAGAACAACCUGAUAAACCAAGAAUCGAUGCUGGAGUUAUUAGAGAUAUAACAGUUAAAGCAGGACAAGAAUUUCAUAUACGAGUACCAUUCUCUGGAUUUCCUAAACCAACAGCUGUAUGGUCAAAGAAUGAUGUAGAUAUAGAUGUAAAAGAUGAGAGAUGUUUUCAAAAGGUCGAUGAAAAUGCUGCUUUCUUGGCAGUUAAUGAAGCAAAACGUUCAGAUACUGGACAGUAUAAAAUAUAUUUGAAAAAUAAAUCAGGAUUUGAUACUUGCUUCUGUAAAGUUACAGUUCUUGAUCGCCCAUCACCUCCUCAGAAUGUUCACGCUGAAGAUAUUGAUGGGGAAUCAUUAACACUUUGCUGGUUAGCUCCUAAAGACAAUGGAGGCUCUGAAAUUACUAAUUAUGUAAUUGAAAAGAGAGAAGCAGGAUCAAUAAAUUGGGCCCGCAUCAGCAGUUUCAUAUCUGGCACUGCUUAUCGCAUUCGCAAUCUUGUUAUCAAUCAUAGGUAUGAUUUUAGAGUUAUGGCUGAAAAUCAAUAUGGAACCAGUGAUCCAGGAAUUACCUCUGAACCAGUAACAGCUAAACUACCAUUUGAUACUCCAGGUGCUCCAGGAACUCCAUAUUCAGUAGAAACAUCUGAAGAUUCUAUAACAAUUUCUUGGAAUAGACCAAGAGAUGAUGGUGGAAGUCCAGUUGUUGGUUACAUAAUAGAAAAGAGAAAAUAUGGAGAGGAUAAUUGGGUGAGAGCAACACAAGCAACAAUUCCAGAUCUUACCUACAGAGUUGGCAGUCUGGUGGAAAAUACAGAAUAUGAAUUUCGUGUGGCAGCUGUUAAUGCUGCUGGUCAAGGUCCAUUUAGUUCUUCAUCAGACAUUAUUGCUGCAAGACCUCCACCAUGUGCACCUAAGAUUGAUAUAGCCUUUGCAAUGAAAGACAUUGUUGUACAAGCUGGAGAAGAAUUUACUAUAAGAAUACCAUUUAAUGCUAGUCCUAUUCCUAAUGCUACUUGGACUAUAAAUAACAAAAUUUUACUACCAAAUGAUCGUGUCUAUUCAGAAGUGAAUGUAGCAUUUACAGUUCUGAUAAAUAAAAAGGCAAAACGAGAUGACUGUGGUCAAUACAUGUUAACUCUUAGCAAUCCUCAUGGUUCAGAUUCAGCAUCUUGUAGAGUUACAGUAGUUGAUAAACCAGGUCCACCAGAAGGUCCACUAGAUGUGACUGACAUUACACCUGAAACAUGUUCUCUAUCUUGGAGACCACCUAAAGAUGAUGGUGGUAGUCCUAUUACUAAUUAUGUUGUAGAGAAACAAGAUCCAACCACACAAAUUUGGAUGAAACUUAGCAGUUUUGUAAGAGGAUGUCAUUAUGAUGUUAUUGGGUUAGAACCUAAUAGAAAAUACAAUUUUAGAGUCAGAGCUGAAAAUCAGUAUGGUAUUGGUCAACCUUUAGACACAGAAAAGCCAGUUACAGCCAAAUUUCCAUUUGAUGUGCCAAGUGCUCCAGGUGCACCAAACAUUGUUGAUUGGGAUCUUACCAGUGUUUGCCUCACAUGGAUGCCAUCUCUUAAUGAUGGUGGCUCUAGAAUUCAAGGUUAUCAGAUUGAAUACAGAGAUCCUUUAGAUGGAAAAUGGAGAGUAGCUAAUAAAGUCCUAGUAAAAGAUACUGCUUUAACAGUAAAUGACUUAAUACAAAAUCAUGAAUAUGAAUUUAGAGUAAAGGCUAAAAAUGCUGCAGGUUUCAGUCUUCCAAGCCCACCAUCCUCUAUGUGUAAAUUAAAACCAAGAUUUGCCGUACCUUCACCUCCACAAGAUGUAAAAGUGACAAAAGUUGGUAGAAGUUAUGUUGAUCUUAAAUGGGAGAAACCACGUUCAGAUGGAGGAAGUAAAAUACAACAUUAUCUUGUUGAAAGGAGAGAAUGUGGAAGUGCUUUCUGGUUGAAAGCCAAUGAAUACAAUGUUACAGAUUGUUCAUAUAUAGUAUUAAAUCUAACAGAAAACAAAGAUUAUGAAUUCAGAGUAUUUGCUGUCAAUGCAGCUGGAAAAAGUGAACCAAGUGCUUGUACAACCCCAGUUAAAGUUUGUGAAAUUGCAGAUGGUGUUAAACCAGAAUUUGUACGUAAAUUAUUUAACAAGUCUUGCAGUCUUCAUAAGACAGUUACUUUGGAAUGUGAAGCUGUUGGAAAACCUUUACCAUCAUAAUAAUGGUUUAAAAAUGGCCGUGAAAUUCAUCCAGCAGGCCGACUUAAAGCUAUUGACGGGGAUAAUGGUGUUUAUAAAUUUAUCAUAACUGAAGUUUGGGAUACAGAUGAAGGAGAAUAUAUGUGUGAAGUCAGUAAUUCAUUGGGAUCAGAUAAAUGCUUUGCUAGACUUAUUAUUGCUUCACCACCUAGAAUUGACCAGUUCCCAUCAGAAGUCUUCUUUCCAGAACAUGAUAAUGGAAAAAUCAAGAUAUUUUUCUCAGGAACAUCUCCUUUUGAAGUAGUCUUGUAUAAAGAUGGUUUAGAAGUUCAAGCUAGUGACCAUUUCAAAUACACAGUAUUUGAUGAUUAUGCAAUUAUUUUCUUGCGUGAAGUAUUAAAAUCUGAUGAAGGAAAAUAUAAAAUUGUUGUGGAAAAUGAAAGUGGAAAAACAGAUGCCACCUUUUCAUUAUUUGUUACAGGAUUACCUGGGCCACCUCAAGGACCAUUGGAAAUAUCAGAUAUCAAUAAAAAUUCAGCAACAGUGGCUUGGAGUCCACCGAAGUUUGAUGGUGGCAGUAAAGUUACUCAUUAUAUUGUAGAACGCAAAGAAACAAGCCAUACUCAAUGGGUAAUAGCAAGCAGUUAUUGUAGGGAAACAACCAGUGUAGUUCAUGGUUUGGUUGAAAAUGGUGAAUAUUUAUUCCGAGUAAUGGCAGUAAAUGAAAAUGGACAUAGUGCACCUCUUGAAGGAAUUAAUCCAAUAAUUGCAAAAUUACCAUUUGACCCACCUUCAGCUCCUGGAGUUCCUAAAGUCACUGAAGUUGGUGGAGAUUUUGUGAACUUAUCUUGGGAAAAACCAGAAUCUGAUGGAGGUAACAGAAUAAAAGGAUACUGGAUUGAUAAAAGAGAAAUGGGAACUCAAGCUUGGCAACAAGUUAAUAAUUACUUGUGUGUCACUAAUCAAAUAAAUAUCAGUAACCUUAUUGAGGAUAGACAAUAUGAGUUUAGAGUUUAUGCAGUAAAUGAAGCUGGUAACAGUCCUCCAUCUAUGAGUGCUACUGCAGUUCGUAUUGUAGAUCCAAAUGCUGCUGUAAUUCCUGAAUUUGUUGUGCCACUAAAACGAAUAAUGGCUGUUGAAAACAAAAGUGCUGAAUUUUUCUGCACUAUAAAAGCAAAUCCAAAACCACAAGUUACAUGGUGCAAGGGUAUGAGAGAAAUUUUUGAAGGAGGAAAAUUCACAAUGUUAAAAGAAGGAGAUAAUUAUACAUUAAUUAUUGCGGAUGUAUAUGGGGAAGAUGCAGAUGAAUAUUCCUGCAGAGCAUGGAAUAAAGCAGGAGCUCGUACUUCAAGAGCUGAAUUGCUUAUUAAAACACCUCCUCGUAUUAAUGUGCCUCCUCGCUUCCGUGAACUUGCAAACUUUGAAAAGGGAGAAAAUGUGAUGCUAAAAAUUCCAUUUACUGGUUUACCUAAACCAAGAUUAAAAUGGUCUCGAGAUGGAGAAGAAAUUGAAAGUGGAGGCCAUUACGAUGUACAUAUUGCUGAGCGUCAUGCCAUUUUGACAAUUCGUGAUGCCACAAAUAUAGAUAGUGGUCCAUAUCGAUUAUUAGCAGAAAAUGAACUUGGUGUUGAUUCAGCAAUUAUUAAGAUACAGAUAAGUGAUAAACCAGACAGACCAAGACACCCAACCAUUGAUAAUAUAGGAGAUGACUCAAUUACGUUAUCAUGGAAACCACCUGCUUGGGAUGGUGGCAGUCAUAUAACAAGUUAUUUGAUUGAGAAAAGAGAAGCAACCAUGACUAGUUGGAUUCGUUGUGGACAUACAAGAUUCCUUCAUCAUCUUGUUACUGGAUUGAAUCCUGGAAAAGACUAUCAGUUUAGGAUCUAUGCUGAAAAUAUUUAUGGAAGAAGUGAACCCAGCGAAGCCACUCAGAUAGUCACAACCAAACCAUCAACUAAAGAAAGGAUAAAAAGGAAAAAUUAUACAUUGGAUUCUCAAGGACGCCGCAUUCGUGGACGAUCAGAGGGAAAAGUAUCAAAUUAUGAUCAAUAUGUGUUUGAUAUUAAUGAAAAAUACAUACCGCAACCUGUUGAUGUUAAGACGUCUAGUGUUUAUGAUUACUAUGACAUUUUGGAAGAAAUUGGAACAGGUGCUUUUGGUGUUGUUCAUCGAUGCCGAGAGAGACGCACAGGCAAUAUAUUUGCUGCAAAAUUCAUUCCAGUAACUCAUCCAGUUGAAAAAUCUAUAAUUAGGAAAGAAAUUGAUAUAAUGAAUAUGCUUCAUCAUCCAAAAUUAAUUCGUUUACAUGAUGCCUUUGAAGAUGAAGAUGAAAUGGUUCUUAUUUAUGAAUUUAUGUCUGGUGGAGAACUUUUUGAACGUAUCACAGCAGAAGAUUAUAAAAUGUCAGAAGCUGAAGUUAUCAAUUACAUGAGGCAAUUGUGUGAAGGUGUAAAACAUAUGCAUGAGAAGAACAUCAUACAUUUAGAUAUCAAGCCUGAAAAUAUCAUGUGCCAGACAAAGACAGGAAACAAUAUCAAAUUAAUUGAUUUUGGUUUGGCUACAAAAUUGGAUCCUAAUGAAGUUGUACGUAUAUCUACGGGAACUGCUGAAUUUGCUGCACCUGAAAUAGUUGAUCGAGAACCUGUUGGUUUCUAUACAGAUAUGUGGGCAAUUGGUGUUCUUGCAUACGUGCUUCUUAGUGGUCUCUCACCAUUUGCCGGAGAAAAUGAUAUAGAAACAUUGAAAAAUGUCAGAGCAUGUGAUUGGGACUUUGAUGAUGAAGCAUUUGCUAAUGUUUCAGACUCAGCUAAAGAUUUCAUACGUCGAUUAUUAACUCGAAAUAAGGAAAAGCGUUUGACAGCUCAUGAAUGCUUAGCUCAUCCAUGGCUAAUGGGUGAUAUUAGUGCUGCUCCUACUACUUCCAUACCGUCAAAGAGAUAUAUCAAAAUACGAGAUCGCAUUCGUGCCAAAUAUGGAGAUUACUGGUUCAACUGUUUACUUCCUAUUGGCCACAUUGCCAAUUACAGUUCACUUCGUAAACUUCAUGAGGAAAAAUAUAACAUUCAUGAAUUUUAUUUUGAUCGCAGACAGGCUGCACCGAGGUUUGUGAUUCGUCCUCAGAGUACUUUCUCUUAUGAAGGACAAAGUGCAAAAUUCUAUUGCCGUGUUAUUGCUGCAGCCCCAGCUACAGUGACUUGGUAUCGUGAUGGAUAUGAAUUACGCCAAAGUGUUAAAUAUAUGAAACGUUACCAAGAGAAUGAUUAUUACUUUAUUCUAAAUCGGUGCAAAGUUGAUGACCGAGGUGAAUACAUCAUUCGUGCAGAAAACAGUUAUGGAUUUAGAGAAGAACCAGUAUUCCUUAAUGUACAAAGUGUUCCAAGAGAAAUUCCACAUAUUGUUUUAGAUGAACCAAUCAGGAGGAGAUAUCCACCUCUAAAGAAAUUAUGGGAAGAACCAGUUGAUUCCGCUCCUUGUUUCACAUUCCAUCUCCGUACUCGUGUCAUUCAAGUUGGUAUUGGUGUCAAACUUUUAUGUUGUCUGUCUGGAAAACCUACACCAGAGAUAAAAUGGUUUAAAGAUGGCAGGGAGAUCAAUAAAUAUGAUUACAAUGUGACUCACUCAGAUGGGGUUGUUAUUCUUGAAAUAUUAUCUUGUACAAUGGAAGAUGCAGGAACGUAUGUAUGUCGUGCAACCAAUAAAUUAGGUGAAGAUGAAACUACAUGUCAUGUUAUAAUGGAAGGUAAGAAUAACAUUUGUAAUCAAAGAUUUUAUUUUAUUUGUACUUUACCUUCAAGUGCAACCAAUAAAUUAGGUGAAGAUGAAACUACAUGUCAUGUUAUAAUGGAAGAUCGCAGACAGGCUGCACCGAGGUUUGUGAUUCGUCCUCAGAGUACUUUCUCUUAUGAAGGACAAAGUGCAAAAUUCUAUUGCCGUGUUAUUGCUGCAGCCCCAGCUACAGUGACUUGGUAUCGUGAUGGAUAUGAAUUACGCCAAAGUGUUAAAUAUAUGAAACGUUACCAAGAGAAUGAUUAUUACUUUAUUCUAAAUCGGUGCAAAGUUGAUGACCGAGGUGAAUACAUCAUUCGUGCAGAAAACAGUUAUGGAUUUAGAGAAGAACCAGUAUUCCUUAAUGUACAAAGUGUUCCAAGAGAAAUUCCACAUAUUGUUUUAGAUGAACCAAUCAGAUUCCUUCAUCAUCUUGUUACUGGAUUGAAUCCUGGAAAAGACUAUCAGUUUAGGAUCUAUGCUGAAAAUAUUUAUGGAAGAAGUGAACCCAGCGAAGCCACUCAGAUAGUCACAACCAAACCAUCAACUAAAGAAAGGAUAAAAAGGAAAAAUUAUACAUUGGAUUCUCAAGGACGCCGCAUUCGUGGACGAUCAGAGGGAAAAGUAUCAAAUUAUGAUCAAUAUGGUGCUUUUGGUGUUGUUCAUCGAUGCCGAGAGAGACGCACAGGCAAUAUAUUUGCUGCAAAAUUCAUUCCAGUAACUCAUCCAGUUGAAAAAUCUAUAAUUAGGAAAGAAAUUGAUAUAAUGAAUAUGCUUCAUCAUCCAAAAUUAAUUCGUUUACAUGAUGCCUUUGAAGAUGAAGAUGAAAUGGUUCUUAUUUAUGAAUUUAUGUCUGGUGGAGAACUUUUUGAACGUAUCACAGCAGAAGAUUAUAAAAUGUCAGAAGCUGAAGUUAUCAAUUACAUGAGGCAAUUGUGUGAAGGUGUAAAACAUAUGCAUGAGAAGAACAUCAUACAUUUAGAUAUCAAGCCUGAAAAUAUCAUGUGCCAGACAAAGACAGGAAACAAUAUCAAAUUAAUUGAUUUUGGUUUGGCUACAAAAUUGGAUCCUAAUGAAGUUGUACGUAUAUCUACGGGAACUGCUGAAUUUGCUGCACCUGAAAUAGUUGAUCGAGAACCUGUUGGUUUCUAUACAGAUAUGUGGGCAAUUGGUGUUCUUGCAUACGUGCUUCUUAGUGGUCUCUCACCAUUUGCCGGAGAAAAUGAUAUAGAAACAUUGAAAAAUGUCAGAGCAUGUGAUUGGGACUUUGAUGAUGAAGCAUUUGCUAAUGUUUCAGACUCAGCUAAAGAUUUCAUACGUCGAUUAUUAACUCGAAAUAAGGAAAAGCGUUUGACAGCUCAUGAAUGCUUAGCUCAUCCAUGGCUAAUGGGUGAUAUUAGUGCUGCUCCUACUACUUCCAUACCGUCAAAGAGAUAUAUCAAAAUACGAGAUCGCAUUCGUGCCAAAUAUGGAGAUUACUGGUUCAACUGUUUACUUCCUAUUGGCCACAUUGCCAAUUACAGUUCACUUCAUCGCAGACAGGCUGCACCGAGGUUUGUGAUUCGUCCUCAGAGUACUUUCUCUUAUGAAGGACAAAGUGCAAAAUUCUAUUGCCGUGUUAUUGCUGCAGCCCCAGCUACAGUGACUUGGUAUCGUGAUGGAUAUGAAUUACGCCAAAGUGUUAAAUAUAUGAAACGUUACCAAGAGAAUGAUUAUUACUUUAUUCUAAAUCGGUGCAAAGUUGAUGACCGAGGUGAAUACAUCAUUCGUGCAGAAAACAGUUAUGGAUUUAGAGAAGAACCAGUAUUCCUUAAUGUACAAAGUGUUCCAAGAGAAAUUCCACAUAUUGUUUUAGAUGAACCAAUCAGGAGGAGAUAUCCACCUCUAAAGAAAUUAUGGGAAGAACCAGUUGAUUCCGCUCCUUGUUUCACAUUCCAUCUCCGUACUCGUGUCAUUCAAGUUGGUAUUGGUGUCAAACUUUUAUGUUGUCUGUCUGGAAAACCUACACCAGAGAUAAAAUGGUUUAAAGAUGGCAGGGAGAUCAAUAAAUAUGAUUACAAUGUGACUCACUCAGAUGGGGUUGUUAUUCUUGAAAUAUUAUCUUGUACAAUGGAAGAUGCAGGAACGUAUGUAUGUCGUGCAACCAAUAAAUUAGGUGAAGAUGAAACUACAUGUCAUGUUAUAAUGGAAGAUCGGCGAGGACCACCAUCUUUAAAAUCUCCAGUUGUUGUCAGCCCCAUUCCGCCAUCUCCUUCACCUAGACCAUCUCCUUAUGCCUAUGAUACUUACAGUCGAGAUUAUUCUUCUUCACAUGCAUAUAGUCACACUAGUGACUAUGUUUCUCACAAACAGUCUAGCUAUUCAUCUGCAUACUCAUCAACUAAAAUAUCCUCUCAAUCUUAUAGUUCUACUAAGAUUUCUAGUAGAUCUGACUAUCUUAGUACAAGAUAUACUCCAUCUCCAAGAGCAUCACCUGCAAGAAGUUUAAGGUUAGACUCUCCUUCUAGAGCUAUGAGAUCCUCUCCUGCACGAUCCUACGGAACCUCUCUUCGGCCAGAAACUCCAACUAAAAGAACACAAAAACCAUAUGGAGCUUCUAAAAAAGAACCAUCAAGUCCUCAGAGAUCAAGAACUGCUACUAAAGAAUUAGAAAUACCAGAUGAUGUUGAAAUGACUGCACCAUCCUUUAAAGAACAAUUGAAAGACACUAAAAUUAAAGAUGGUGAAUCUUUAACUUUAAAAUGUGUAGUAUCUGGUAUUCCUGAACCUCAAGUAGAAUGGUUAAAGAAUGGAGAGAAAUUAUUUUCAUCAGAUAUAAUAGAUCUAAAGUAUAAAAAUAAUGUGGCUAUGCUUAGUAUUGGUGAAGUGUUCCCAGAAGACGAUGGUGAUUAUGUAUGCAGAGCAACAAAUUCUUUAGGAACAGCCGCUACAAAAUGCAAACUCACUGUUUUACCAAUGGAUCCAGUGGAAGCUGCUUCAAAAGCUGGAUUCAAGCCUCCAAGAAUAUCACAACAUCUAAAGAGUAUGGUAGUUAAAGAUGGGGAUUCAGUAACUUUACAAUGCACAAUUACAUGUCCAAACACAUUUGAUGUGGUUUGGCUUCAUAAUGACAGAGAAAUUAAACCUAGUAACGACUUCCAAUAUAAAACAGAAGGAGAUGCUUAUAAACUAAUAAUAGGAGAAAUUUUUCCUGAAGAUGGAGGAAUUUAUACUUGUGAGGCAUUUAAUGAUGUUGGAGAUGCAUUUAGUAGUUGUACAUUAAUUGUAACAGUACCCAAUGAACCAGUUAAAGGACCAGGUUUUGUAAAGUUUCCUGAAUCUGUGACAAUUCACAAAGGACAAUCAGUGACAUUUUCAGCUGAAACUGAAAAAGAUGCUAAGAAAGUAACUUGGAUGAAAGAUGGUAACCCAAUAGAUACAAGUAGUACCCACCAUCAGUUUAGUCACAAAGGUCGAAAAUGUUCCCUUACCAUACCUAAUGCUAUCGACACAAAUAUUGGUCAGUACACCUUAGUGGUAUCUGAUGGAAAAGAUGAAUGUGCCGCAACAUUCUCGUUAAAUGUUCUAACGGAAGGGGACUUUAGAGGUGCUUUUGGUGUUGUUCAUCGAUGCCGAGAGAGACGCACAGGCAAUAUAUUUGCUGCAAAAUUCAUUCCAGUAACUCAUCCAGUUGAAAAAUCUAUAAUUAGGAAAGAAAUUGAUAUAAUGAAUAUGCUUCAUCAUCCAAAAUUAAUUCGUUUACAUGAUGCCUUUGAAGAUGAAGAUGAAAUGGUUCUUAUUUAUGAAUUUAUGUCUGGUGGAGAACUUUUUGAACGUAUCACAGCAGAAGAUUAUAAAAUGUCAGAAGCUGAAGUUAUCAAUUACAUGAGGCAAUUGUGUGAAGGUGUAAAACAUAUGCAUGAGAAGAACAUCAUACAUUUAGAUAUCAAGCCUGAAAAUAUCAUGUGCCAGACAAAGACAGGAAACAAUAUCAAAUUAAUUGAUUUUGGUUUGGCUACAAAAUUGGAUCCUAAUGAAGUUGUACGUAUAUCUACGGGAACUGCUGAAUUUGCUGCACCUGAAAUAGUUGAUCGAGAACCUGUUGGUUUCUAUACAGAUAUGUGGGCAAUUGGUGUUCUUGCAUACGUGCUUCUUAGUGGUCUCUCACCAUUUGCCGGAGAAAAUGAUAUAGAAACAUUGAAAAAUGUCAGAGCAUGUGAUUGGGACUUUGAUGAUGAAGCAUUUGCUAAUGUUUCAGACUCAGCUAAAGAUUUCAUACGUCGAUUAUUAACUCGAAAUAAGGAAAAGCGUUUGACAGCUCAUGAAUGCUUAGCUCAUCCAUGGCUAAUGGGUGAUAUUAGUGCUGCUCCUACUACUUCCAUACCGUCAAAGAGAUAUAUCAAAAUACGAGAUCGCAUUCGUGCCAAAUAUGGAGAUUACUGGUUCAACUGUUUACUUCCUAUUGGCCACAUUGCCAAUUACAGUUCACUUCGUAAACUUCAUGAGGAAAAAUAUAACAUUCAUGAAUUUUAUUUUGAUCGCAGACAGGCUGCACCGAGGUUUGUGAUUCGUCCUCAGAGUACUUUCUCUUAUGAAGGACAAAGUGCAAAAUUCUAUUGCCGUGUUAUUGCUGCAGCCCCAGCUACAGUGACUUGGUAUCGUGAUGGAUAUGAAUUACGCCAAAGUGUUAAAUAUAUGAAACGUUACCAAGAGAAUGAUUAUUACUUUAUUCUAAAUCGGUGCAAAGUUGAUGACCGAGGUGAAUACAUCAUUCGUGCAGAAAACAGUUAUGGAUUUAGAGAAGAACCAGUAUUCCUUAAUGUACAAAGUGUUCCAAGAGAAAUUCCACAUAUUGUUUUAGAUGAACCAAUCAGGAGGAGAUAUCCACCUCUAAAGAAAUUAUGGGAAGAACCAGUUGAUUCCGCUCCUUGUUUCACAUUCCAUCUCCGUACUCGUGUCAUUCAAGUUGGUAUUGGUGUCAAACUUUUAUGUUGUCUGUCUGGAAAACCUACACCAGAGAUAAAAUGGUUUAAAGAUGGCAGGGAGAUCAAUAAAUAUGAUUACAAUGUGACUCACUCAGAUGGGGUUGUUAUUCUUGAAAUAUUAUCUUGUACAAUGGAAGAUGCAGGAACGUAUGUAUGUCGUGCAACCAAUAAAUUAGGUGAAGAUGAAACUACAUGUCAUGUUAUAAUGGAAGAUCGGCGAGGACCACCAUCUUUAAAAUCUCCAGUUGUUGUCAGCCCCAUUCCGCCAUCUCCUUCACCUAGACCAUCUCCUUAUGCCUAUGAUACUUACAGUCGAGAUUAUUCUUCUUCACAUGCAUAUAGUCACACUAGUGACUAUGUUUCUCACAAACAGUCUAGCUAUUCAUCUGCAUACUCAUCAACUAAAAUAUCCUCUCAAUCUUAUAGUUCUACUAAGAUUUCUAGUAGAUCUGACUAUCUUAGUACAAGAUAUACUCCAUCUCCAAGAGCAUCACCUGCAAGAAGUUUAAGGUUAGACUCUCCUUCUAGAGCUAUGAGAUCCUCUCCUGCACGAUCCUACGGAACCUCUCUUCGGCCAGAAACUCCAACUAAAAGAACACAAAAACCAUAUGGAGCUUCUAAAAAAGAACCAUCAAGUCCUCAGAGAUCAAGAACUGCUACUAAAGAAUUAGAAAUACCAGAUGAUGUUGAAAUGACUGCACCAUCCUUUAAAGAACAAUUGAAAGACACUAAAAUUAAAGAUGGUGAAUCUUUAACUUUAAAAUGUGUAGUAUCUGGUAUUCCUGAACCUCAAGUAGAAUGGUUAAAGAAUGGAGAGAAAUUAUUUUCAUCAGAUAUAAUAGAUCUAAAGUAUAAAAAUAAUGUGGCUAUGCUUAGUAUUGGUGAAGUGUUCCCAGAAGACGAUGGUGAUUAUGUAUGCAGAGCAACAAAUUCUUUAGGAACAGCCGCUACAAAAUGCAAACUCACUGUUUUACCAAUGGAUCCAGUGGAAGCUGCUUCAAAAGCUGGAUUCAAGCCUCCAAGAAUAUCACAACAUCUAAAGAGUAUGGUAGUUAAAGAUGGGGAUUCAGUAACUUUACAAUGCACAAUUACAUGUCCAAACACAUUUGAUGUGGUUUGGCUUCAUAAUGACAGAGAAAUUAAACCUAGUAACGACUUCCAAUAUAAAACAGAAGGAGAUGCUUAUAAACUAAUAAUAGGAGAAAUUUUUCCUGAAGAUGGAGGAAUUUAUACUUGUGAGGCAUUUAAUGAUGUUGGAGAUGCAUUUAGUAGUUGUACAUUAAUUGUAACAGUACCCAAUGAACCAGUUAAAGGACCAGGUUUUGUAAAGUUUCCUGAAUCUGUGACAAUUCACAAAGGACAAUCAGUGACAUUUUCAGCUGAAACUGAAAAAGAUGCUAAGAAAGUAACUUGGAUGAAAGAUGGUAACCCAAUAGAUACAAGUAGUACCCACCAUCAGUUUAGUCACAAAGGUCGAAAAUGUUCCCUUACCAUACCUAAUGCUAUCGACACAAAUAUUGGUCAGUACACCUUAGUGGUAUCUGAUGGAAAAGAUGAAUGUGCCGCAACAUUCUCGUUAAAUGUUCUAACGGAAGGGGACGUCUGAGUGUAAUUCUAGUCUAUGUAAGGAUGAAAAAUAAAAUAAUGGUCAGCCACUCACAUUUGCUAAUUUCCCAAGAAUUAUUUCAAGAGCAUGCUGACAUCAUUUUUUGUUGUUUCUCAAUUUGUAAAAAUCUUGGAAUCUGUCAUUAUAUGUUAUAUGUUUGGGAGCAGUUACAAUCAUUUAUGUUUGAAAUUUGCAAAAAUUUAUUAAAUGACCAAUAAGGGGGACAAUUAUCAAUAUAUGUUUAUCUAUCCCAAGAGCCUAAAAUAUUUUAUUCUGUCUACAAGGUUGUGUACAUGUCUUUCCAACUUAUAGAGUAUUUUUUUUUUUGUAGCUUUUGUCCCCCUCGAUAAAUAAAUAAAAAAAAAAGAAAACAAAGCUUUUAUUGGGAGACAAGCAGGUUUCUAGAAGUAUCAAACUACAACAUUCAAAAAUUUGUGAUUUAUCAUUGUAUCCCACGACCUGAGGGAACUACAAACCUGUUUGCCUUCGAAAAACAGUCAGAUGUCACUGUGGACUUGUAUGUAGACCUGUAGUGUGACUUGACUGAUGUGAAUAAAGUUGCUUAUAUAUAAAAUUUCA